AUGAAUUACAAAAUUGGUAACUGCACGAAUUGAAAACGGAAAAAGCGACCAAAAAAGACCAGAAAACUAGCCAAAUCGGAGAACAGUAUGAAAAUGGUGUUGUCGCAGCGGCAGCGCGAGGAGCUUAACCAAGCGAUUGCCGAUUAUCUAGGCUCAAAUGGCUACGGCGACUCACUUGAGACCUUUCGCAAGGAGGCCGAUGUCAGCACAGAGUCAGAGAAGAAGUUUGGCGGUCUACUGGAGAAGAAGUGGACAUCGGUCAUACGGUUACAGAAGAAAGUGAUGGAACUAGAGGCUAAGCUUACCGAAGCUGAGAAGGAGGUUAUCGAGGGGGCGCCCACAAAGAACAAACGCACUCCCGGCGAAUGGAUACCUCGCCCACCAGAGAAGUACUCUCUGACUGGUCAUCGAGCCAGCAUAACGAGGGUUAUAUUUCACCCAAUUUUUGGCCUCAUGGUUUCAGCAUCGGAAGAUGCCACCAUUAAGAUUUGGGAUUUUGAAACUGGCGAGUAUGAGCGCAGUCUAAAAGGACAUACCGACUCUGUGCAGGACGUGGCAUUCGAUUCUCAGGGCAAGCUCUUGGCUUCCUGCAGCGCUGACUUGUCCAUUAAGUUGUGGGAUUUCCAGCAGAGCUACGAAUGUGUUAAAACAAUGCAUGGUCACGAUCACAAUGUAUCAUCGGUGGCCUUUGUGCCCGCUGGCGACUAUGUUCUGUCUGCUUCACGUGAUCGAACCAUCAAAAUGUGGGAGGUGGCCACCGGAUACUGCGUGAAGACAUAUACAGGCCAUAGGGAGUGGGUACGAAUGGUGCGAGUGCACAUUGAGGGCAGCAUCUUUGCCACAUGCUCAAAUGAUCACACAAUACGUGUUUGGCUGAUGAAUUCAAAAGACUGCAAGGUUGAAUUACGCGAUCAUGAGCACACCGUGGAGUGCAUUGCCUGGGCUCCGGAAGCCGCAGCAUCAGCGAUAAACGAAGCAGCCGGAGCGGACAACAAGAAAGGUCACCACCAGGGCCCAUUCCUUGCAUCCGGUUCUCGAGAUAAAACUAUACGCAUUUGGGAUGUGAGCGUCGGACUGUGCCUGCUCACGCUGAAUGGCCAUGACAAUUGGGUGCGUGGCUUGGCAUUCCAUCCGGGUGGCAAGUAUUUGGUGUCGGCCAGUGAUGACAAGACCAUCAGGGUCUGGGACUUGCGGAACAAGCGAUGCAUGAAGACGCUCUACGCACAUCAGCAUUUCUGCACCUCCAUAGAUUUUCACAAGGCGCAUCCGUACGUCAUCAGCGGCAGUGUGGAUCAAACAGUUAAGGUCUGGGAGUGUCGUUAAAGCAAAGUUAACUCAGCAAAACUUUUGCUUACUUCUCAAUUUAAACAUAAAGCUAUUAUAAUAAAUCACACACCACACACACAUACAAAAACAACAACAAAAACAGUCUCGGCCACCUCCAGCAAGUUUAUUUUCUAGACGCUUUCAGUGUCAGCGUCCGUGAGCAAAAUGAACAUAGUGUAUUUUAAACCCGAAUGCAAAAUCGCGAAAAGAAUUAUUUAUUUAAUUGUACGCCCUUCUAACUAACUAUGUAACUACCUACCUACUAUAUAAAAAGUACAUAUACGUUAAUGCCUAUGCAUAUACACCUACGAUUAUUAUUAUCGUUUAAUGUAAUGCUGUCUGGUCGGUCGACCCUUCGCUAAUCCCAAGCAGCGGCUCGCUAAGCAAAACAGGCACAAGCUGAAAAUUACGUCUAUACUUGAAUGAUGAAUGGAAACGGAGUAUUGGCAAUUGUACAACCAAAUAUAUUCAUCUGAAAAAUGUUCCAGUAGAUAAAUAUUGAUUUUCCACCCACA